GAUUGUUAAUUGAAAGAAGUUUUUAAUCCCCAACUCAGAUGUAGCUGUGCAUAUGUAGUUGCAUUAUUGUGUGACAUUUUUCAGUUCACUGGAAGGAGGUGGUCCAUGGAAGAAAACUGUUUCUGGGGACAGUUUUGCCUUGCUUAGUCCAUGCCUGGGGGCCAGCCAGGUACAGGGCUUUGUUUUCAUGCCAGUCCUGUAGGCUUCCAAAACUGAGUUAGCCUGGAGUGAUUUAAAGCAGGUGGUGAAUUGGUGAAUUCACAGAAUUCUUUAAAUUAAAAAAAAUUGCACAAGAAUUAACAGGUCAAAAAGAAAAAAAUUCAGACUUGGGUUCAGUUUUUGUGUUCAACAUGGCCCCAGUGAGUGGGAACUUGUUCAGUUGCUGUUGUUUGGUUACUGGUUAUGACACCUAGAAUCUACUAAAGAAAAAGAAUGCAACUUUUUUGUGGAAUACAUGCCUUGAUUGUUGAGUAUCUCCCUGUCCCCCAGUCCUGGAAGUUGUUCCACCUCUUGACUGCCUUUCCUGUGUGGCCUGAAGCUGGUGUGGGAAGGGGGAAUUUGGAUACAGCACUGUGGCUCACACAGGGGCAGCAGAAGGUGAAGCUUUCUUUCCUUGAUGGGUGGCAGUCACAAGAAGCAGGGCUGAAUGCAUGUCCAUCUUUUGCUAGUAAAAGUAUUUCUGAUCUUACAGUUUUAAGUUAAAGUGGUUUGGGUUUGGAUUUUUGUGUGUGGUUAUGCUCUGAUUGAUAGAAGGGCCAAACCAUGAGAUAGUCCUAAGUGUCAAUCCUGUAAAAGGUGGGAAUUUUGAAGAAAGGUGUCCUGUUUUAUUGCACCUGUGCAAUUGGACAGCUAUAUAUGAUACGUGUAGCAUUUAAGUACAUGUAUACAUUGCAUUAUAGAUUCUGUACUGUUUCUCUUUUUAAGCAAAACUUAUGUUGCUGUUGUUGGCUCACGGUUUUCAAAUCUUCUCUUAUAUAUAUUCACCUUUUAUAUGGUGUUGCACUCAACACUAAAAGAAUUUCCCAAAAUUACAGGUGUACUGAUUAAAUUUAAAGGCAUUAAGGUGGCUAAUAAUAUAUGUCCUCACCUGUAGUGGAGAGAAAUCCAUCACAAAUUUCUAAAUAAAUGCUGUGUUUGAAAUUUCUGUGUUUAAAAUGAAGCUGUGGAAACUAGUUUGCUUAUGCCUUGAACGGUGAAUGUUUACCUAAAUUCUGGCCAAUUGUUCUAUUCAGAUAUUGGAGCACAAAAUGCCAAUAAAUGAAAAUACUGCUUUAUAUUUUCAUUACUAUACUGUAGUAGUCUGCAACAGAAGGCAAACGGGAAGUGAGCAAACCACAUUCCUGAUUACUUUUUCAGGUAAUCUGGAUGUGUUCAAUAGCAGUUUCAAAAUUUCUAGCCCUUAAUGCCAAGUUUUGUUGCCAUCAUAGCUGUGGUGUGGGUGGAAAAGCCCAACCAGAAAUGAGCAGAUCUAACUGUAAGCUACUUUGCAUGUUGUCAAUUGACUAUAAAUUGCAGCAGUCAUUGACUCAGUGGAACAAGCUACAUAAUUCAGGUAAGAGACUUGCAUGUUGCUGUAUCUAGCCACAGAUCUUCACUGAAUAUCAAUGUUCUUGUAAAUCACUUCUAUCAGCCAUUUAGCAGUGCUUAAUGAAUCCUGUUUAAUGUGAUCUCUUAUUUAAUAAGGUGUAAGAAAAAUGGAACAUUAACAUCUUUUUUUUUUUUUUAAUAUCAUUCAGAUAUUUUCAGGUAUUCAUCACUCUUUUAGGAGCACAUCUUGUUUUCCUGGAUUUUACUUUCAUCUGAAGAUUGGUGAGUCUCUAAUCUAAGGGGAAAAUGUUCCUAACACUUUGUGCAGGUGUGGAGGCAGCAGGUAACUGUUUUAUGUAACCUUGUUAGACAGCAGAAGUGUCAGUACCAAGCAACAAAUACGGCAAGUAUCUAUUUUUGAGGGGUUGUGUUGGUUUUGGUUUCUUCUCUGGAGUGAUGUUGUGCCAUAAUUCUUUUUUUUUUUUUUUUUUUUUUUGCUAUGUAGCAGACUUUUCCUCAGUGUUUUUAAGUUGUAGCAGCAGAAAGUUUUUAGGCAAUAAGCCAAUCUUCUAAGUAGAAAAGGGAAAGUUGACUGUCUACUAAUUUCAUUUUAUGAGGAGUAAAAAUAUACACAUUCACAUAUGUAAAAAUAGAUGAGUUUUUUGCCUACGUAUUAAUGUGAAAUGGAUGUGUGUCCAUGCUUUUAGCCUACCUACAGAAGUACCUGUUUAAGAUGCCUAGGACUCCUACUCAUGCCUAACAGCUGUAAAUGAAUUCUUCACUCACAGGAUUUCUGUUGUGAAACCUAUGUGCAUUAGAAAAAGAGACAACUCUGCAUACUGAGGCAUUUUCAUAGAAUGUGUUGUAAGAAUAGGUCCAUACCAAUAAAUAUUCUCUGUGUAAAUGUGGCAGGUAUUAAGUCAGUAGAAAAUAUUACAUUAUCCCCAUAUCCUUGUGAUUGAUUUGUGGUAUGGAGUUGUGAUUGGAACAUCUGAAGCUUUGCCAGAUUUUUGUGAGUAAGGAAUCCAGCAGUUUCUGGUAAUCUAGUUUAAUGUUCAGCUGUGGUUUCCAUUUUAGAGGAUGCAAUAGAAUCUAAGUGCUUUGGACAACAAUGUAUGGAUGUACAAGUGGAUGGUGAGUAAGAGCAUUUUUGGAUCAAUUCUGUGUAGGCAAGUAUUGGUUGCAAUCUGUGAGGGUGGCUCACAGUGAUUCUUUAAAAAUUAGCUGGUUAUUUAAAAGGUAUUUAAAGAAGCUAUUAGGUAACAGUCAUUACAUUCUCAGCAGUUAGGCUGAUGUUUAGCUUUUUGAAUAAUGAUAUUGGGAAGGCACCAUAAUGCAGCUUCUUAUGAACCACUGCAAGAGUAUCUGUGUGAUAAAUGUGUCAGGGUGAUUUGAAUAGUUAGACCUGCUGUAAUGCUGCUCUGAAGGGAGGGAGUGAGAGUAGGUCAGUAUGACUUACAGGUUUCCAGCAGGGCCCCAACAGCUAUGUCCCAUCCCUUCUUUGUAUUACUAGGACAUGUAUUUUUCCUUUAAUAAAGUGUUCAUUUCGUAAAUAUGAAAUAUUUAAUAUUUAAUUUCUAGCAGUAGGAUUGUUUUUAGUAUUUCGUGUCUGUGUUUAAUCUGCAGGUAGGUGGAGAAGGAAUGUGAGGACCCAAGGAGGUGUUAGAUUUAGUGGAAAUUCUCUCAUCUCAAAACUUCCUGUAAAUCUUUGUAUGAGUGGAUGUCAUACCUGAGAGAUGUGGAACUUAAAGAUUGAAAUCCAUUCUCUGCGCUGGUUUUCCAUUUUGUUAAGAUGAUAUAUUGAAUGUGGCAUCAAGCUAAUAGAGAGAAAAAUAAUUUGUCUUUGAAGGCUCUUUGGUAUGAAUAGGAAGUCUUUUACUGGAAGUGUAGAUUUAGGUUUUUUCAGAGAGGGGAGGGUAGGGAGUGGGGAGAAUGCCAGGGGUGUUGGCCUACUUUAUUUGUUGUCUUGUAAGUUUUGGUGGAUUUGGAGCAAGCUAGACAAACUAGAGCUAUGUGGAAUACAUAUAGCUAGAGUCUCUUAAUUCCUAAACCUGAGGUGAAAGGAAGCUGCUUUCUCUUUCCUUUAGGAAACUUUGAUGGCUUUAUAUUAAUAUCUGCUGUGUGUUAAUUUAAUCAGUGUGACUGACUUGCACUUUCUUGUACUUUUCAAAUGGGAUGUUGUCUUGUUCUUCCUGAUCUUCCAACAUCAUUCUGAAAUGUCACAAAUGCAUUAUAAAAAUAUCUUCUGGAAAAUGCCAGCAAGGCCUAGAGUUGGUAAGUCCGGGUGAGUUUUCUGUACUGUUCAGUGUGAGCUGUUUAAAGUAUUCUGUGGUUAUAUGUUUCCAGACUAAAUGCAGAACCUGAUGGAUAGCAAAAGCUACUGUAACCUCUUCUGUGCUGAGGCUCAGCACAUCCAGCUGGCAAGGCCGUUCUGUGCAGACCCACUGGUCGCAUUUCACGUGUACCCAGAAGCACCAAGCCAGGUCCCUUUGGCUGAAGAUUUGGCAUUCCUGCCUUUCAUGUCAGAGCACCUCAUCACAGAGACCCUCUACAGCGAGCCCUGCCCCUUUCCCUACCCAGUGCCCCAUUCCAGUCUCCACAAGAGUGAGUACUCCUAUGGGUCAGCUUUCAUCAGGAAGAGGAAUGAGAGGGAAAGGCAGCGUGUUAAGUGUGUCAAUGAAGGCUACGCCAAGCUGAGGCACCACCUGCCCAAGGAGUACUUGGAGAAACGGCUCAGCAAAGUGGAGACCCUUCGUGCUGCUAUAAAAUACAUCAGGUACCUCCAGUCUGUGCUGUGCACUGACUCCGUGGGGGCAGGAAAAGGUGUCACAGAGCCAAACCAAGCACCCAAAGCCACUAACAGACCAGCCCAGUUUUUGGAGACGAUCUGAAGCGUUCCAAAGCCAGCCAAAGGUAUCCUGCCUGGGAAUGUAGUAGCCACUCUGUCAGUGACGUGUGUGUUUCUGGCACUUCUUGGGAGCAGAUCGUGGCACACGUCAGUAGCUGCCCACACAAGAGCUUUAAUGUUGCAGAUAGUUACUACACUUAGAUAUGAGAGGGACAACUGGGAAAAUCUCAGCUGAAUGACUUAAGUUAAUUCAUGAAAAUCAGAACGACUUUCUAAAUUUGUCAUCAAGCUAAAAAUGUGACACCUAUGUGUGUGAAGUAGCUGUAUGUAUCAUCAUAACCUGCAUGCUUUAAAAUAAAAUCUCUCUACUUAUGGGACUGAGAUUCUCAUUUUCUGUCAUGUUAUUGGUUUAAUCUUACAUGCACUUUCUUAAAAUAUUUGCUCUAAUUGACAGUGUUUCUUCUAAAAUGCAUUUUUAAAGGUUCCAAGGAGAGUUUUUGGAUGUCAAAAGAAAGGAUAAUUUAAUUUAAAACAGAAAAAUAGAGUAGGGUAGAAGCUCUCUGAAGCACAGUUAUUGAAUAUAGGAAGACCAUAAAGUUUUGUGAGUGCUGCUCCAUCAUUUUCUUAUUAGUGAAUAUUUUAAUCACAUUGAAAACUUCUUGACAUUUCAUAAUUUCUAUUGAAAAUUGGAUUCUUGUACAGAAGUCAGUGCCCUUUAAAAAUUACUAGGACUGCUUAAAAAAUACACAGUAUAAAGAGGGCUGGCAAGGUUUUGGCCAUCAGCAUAAAAAUUUAUGCAAACCUGCAAUAAAAUUUUUUUUUUACUUUGAUAAUAGUUGAGGUCUGGAGUGGUCUUCCCCAACCUUCCAGUCUGUGCCUCUGUACUGCUGAUGGUUUCAUUUAAGUGUUAUAAAAUAAAACUGUGUGGAGAUGAUUAAGAGAGUUUAGCUCAAAACCAAUAAAGUGUCUUAACAUUUACUUUGUGUAAGGGAAUCAUUGAUGCUAAAUAAUUCUGCUGACAGCAUGAGAGCUUGUAGGCUGUCUGUGCAGCAGAAUGGACAAAAAAAUGGUUACAGACUUCCCAAGUGAUGAAUUCUACCUAACUGCACUUAUCCCACCCUGUUACAUUAUUUCUGUAGCAGUGAAUUAAAGCAUGCCUAAUAAAAGGCAAUAAAGUAUUCCAACAACCCCUCCCCCCAAAAAACCACAAACGAAACUAACCAAACGAAAAAAUCAACAAAUGUCAACUCUGUCUUUCUUUUAAGAAGGAUGUGAAAAUCAGGGAUCUCAGCAGAGAUUAACAGGUAGGUUUCUGUGUUAUGACAUAUUGUUGAUAGGCACUUUGUAAGAGAGGGGUACAAUUCAUUAAUCUUUCCCCCUUAUUGUGAAAGGAGAAAGUUGUAAAUUGAUUUGACCUUGGUUUGACUCAGCUUCAACCUUUCUGUGCACAUUUCAAACAUGUUUAUUUGUCACACCCUGUGGUGGUGAGCUUUUUAAAAAAUUUUCCUUAACCUGAACUGUAACUUCAAUGCUGUUUUUUGCCCUGCAAUCAUAGGCAGAAGCCUAGAGGACACUGAGCUCUCUUAAAAUUCCUUCCCUGUGGUGCAGGAGAUCCAUGGGGAGUUGAAAAUAGAGCAAUUGUGUGGCAGUCAAAUGGUCCUCUCUGAAGUCACGUUCUGCUGGGUUUUAACCAGUCAGGUCAGGAUGUCCAGUCCUGGGAGUAACAGCUGUGGCAACCUCCUUAGCAACUGGGAAACACUGGCAGCAAAAGGUUCCCUGUGUCCAACAGGAAAAAGGGUGACAUUUCUGCAUUUAGACUAAAUCCAAAUGGUGUAUUGUUACCAAUAGCAGGUAAGUCUAAAAUACUGCUGUGCCUUUGUCAAUGCACUGUUGUGUGUAGAAACAGGGGUGUUAAAAUGUGCUUUAAUGUAGAGGUGAUGGUUACCUUUCUUUGUAAAGUAUUACUGAUUGUAUCUUGUUUUGGUUUGUAACAGCAGUUUGUGCAGUCGUGAAAUACAUUGAUAUA